UUUCUGUGCUUGUUGACCGAAGGAAAGAGGCUGAACAGGAACAAUAACAGCAGACAUACACCGGUUAUCACAAAGAAGACUGUCAUUUUUUCCACAGUGGCAGAUAAAAUGGAAGAGUAUAACCAUGGAGAUGAUGUCAUCAACACAGAUGAUACCAGUGCGUUGGUGAAAGAGUGCAUUGAAGGUGUCAUCGGUGGAACAGAUUACAAUCAGGGCAAAGUGAAUCAGUGGACGGCCAGCAUAGUGGAGCACUCGCUGAGCCACCUGGUGAAACAAGGACGGCCAUUCAAAUAUAUAGUGAACUGUUCCGUCAUGCAGAAGAGCGGUGCCGGCCUCCACACGGCCAACUCCUGUUACUGGGACACGGCAACUGAUGGAAGCUGCACCGUCAGGUGGGAGAACCGCACCAUGUACUGCGUGGUCAGUGUGUUCGCCGUUGCCGUGGCACUGUGACGCCUCCUCCGACCGCCUCCGGGUCUGGAGCCGUGCUCCACAGAACACUGCUGACGGUACCUGUCCACGCUGGUUGUUUCCCCCAACAGCCAGGAGCUCUGGACGGGGUUUUCAUAAGCUUCACGUGGAUCCACAUCAUGCUUGGAGAGACCCUGUUGAUUUAAAGAUGCACUUUCAGACAUUUCCAACACGACUCUCACGUGUUCUUUGGUCCAAACCAAACAAGCCAACGAUAUUCCAUCAUGCAUUAGAUUUGAGUCUGAGGUUUGAAGGCGUCAUUUCAGAGGCUCAGUCGGCGUUUCAUGCGCAUGGAUUUGAGAUAGUUUUUCAAAAUUUCAACCUGUGAAGUUUCUGGUGACGACCUGCCUCAGUUGUGCUUUGUUUACUGCUGCUCAGCAUGAUGCCCAUAAUGGUCCACAUUCCCAAAUAAAACCCACUGAGCUGCUGCCGGGGUUCAGUUCUUAAUGAAGAUUUCAUUGUUGUGCUUUAGUAAACAGCAGCACAUCUACAUGUUAAACAUGCUAUCAUUAAUAGGUCUUUUGAUAAGUUGUUGAUCUGUGUAGGAAUGAAUCCUGUAGUUUAGCUUGAUGAAUAUAAUCUUCAUGUGUCAAACUGUGUGACUUUAUAUAUGGAUAAUGAAUUUUAAAAAAUCAAUAUGAUCACCUGUAUAUGUUGUUUGUUUGUCUGUGUGUCAAAGCUUAAACAUACAAAAACCCAAUUGACUUGCAAUUUUGAUAACUGUCCACUAGAGGUCAGCAAAAAACAAUAAUAACAACAUACACAUAUAAAUAUAGAUUUAUUUUUCCUUUUUUUAAAGUAGGAUUUCAUAUUUCAAACACAUGAAUUAGUUGUGUGUGAGAAUGUUUUCCCUUCAGAGUUUCUUUUUUUUCCUUUUUUGUUUUUGGCUUCAAACGUUGCUUAUUUGUACAAACAAAAAGGAGCAUUCCUGUGAUUUGUAAGGUCACCGUCCCUCUAGAGGUGCAUUGCAAAAAGGAGUUAGUGCAAAGACAACCAC